GCCCUACGAAGAAACCGAGGGCCGAUGCCCUCCCUACUUAAUCUACGCCGAUCAUGACCAUCGCGAGAUCAUUCUAACCGUUCGCGGCCUCAAUCUCUCCCGUGAGAGCGAUUACAAGGUUUUACUGGAUAAUCGGUUGGGAAGGCAGAUGUUCGAUGGCGGUUAUGUGCAUCAUGGGUUGCUUAAGGCGGCUACAUUUAUUCUUAAUCGGGAGACGGAGAUGCUGCGGCGGGUGAUUGGGGAGGUGGGGGAGGAAUAUAAGUUGGUUUUUGCCGGGCAUUCAUUGGGGUCUGGAGUGGCGGCGCUGAUGACGGUGAUUGUGGUGAAUCAUCGGGAUCAGUUUGGGGGGAUUGAAAGGAGACGGAUCCGGUGUUAUGCAAUUGCGCCAGCUAGGUGUAUGUCGUUGAAUCUUGCCGUGAAGUAUGCUGAUGUGAUUAAUUCCGUCGUGCUACAGGAUGAUUUCUUGCCGAGGACUCCUACUCCAUUAGAGCAUAUUUUUGGAUCUAUAUUCUGCUUGCCAUGCUUUCUAUUUUUAGUUUGCUUGAGGGAUACUUUUAUACCAGAAAGCAGAAAGCUUAAUGAUCCAAGAAGGCUUUAUGCUCCUGGGCGAUUGUAUCACAUUGUUGAGAGAAAAUUUUGCAGGUGUGGAAGAUUCCCCCCUGAGGUUAGGACUGCAAUUCCAGUUGAAGGCAGAUUUGAGCAUAUUGUCCUGUCAUGUAAUGCCACAUCUGAUCAUGCACUUCUGUGGAUAGAGCGAGAAGCUCAGAAGAUAUUCGAUAUAAGAAAGGAAGAUGCUGAAACUACAACAGCUCCAACUCAGCAGAAAAUGGAAAGGAAACAAACCCUAGAAAAGGAAUACAAAGGUGCAUUAGAAAGAGCAGUCACCUUGAAUGUGCCUCAUGCAAUCUCACCAUUAGAACCCACAGAAGGUGAGAUUGACUCUGCGCCAUUAAAGAACCAGAAUGAAGGAGUUAUCAGCUCCUCACACUCAGAAAACCAGAAUGGAACUCACUCAAAAACUGAAUCCAAGCCCAGUGGGAGAACAAACUGGGACGAAUUAGUCGAGAAGCUCUUCACCAGAAAUGAAUCUGGCAACUUUGUACUGAGGAAGGAUAUUGGUAAUAUUGAAGGCCAUUAGCUAUGUUUUUUCUAAACUCCAUUAUUCUUUGAACUGUAUCAUAAAGAAAGCUGUCUUGUUGCAGUUUUUUUUUUUUUUUUCUUAUACUGUAUUUGUUAAGGGGAAGACAAAUAAUGUUUUAAAUAGGGGGAAAAAGGUGCUUUUUGAAGCUGAUGUUGUAUUUUUCAUUUGAUUAAUGAUAGAUUAUUAUGUCUUUGUGAAUGUAAAGUUUGAGCAAGUUUUUUCUU